AUGGAUGAUCAGAAACUUCUCUACAUCUCUGAUGCUGCAAGCAACGAAAUCCGACGAUAUAAUACUGGAGACCAGAAUGGAACUGUCAUAGCUGGUGGCCAUGGACGAGGUGAUGGUCUCAACCAAUUCGAUGAUGCGUUCUACAUCUUUGUCGAUCAGAAACAGGCUGUCUACGUGUCAGACAACGAAAAUCAUCGUGUGAUGAAAUGGGAUAAAUGUGCAACCGAAGGCAUUGUCGUCGCUGGUGGUCAUGGCGUUGGAAGUGCCCUGACGCAAUUGAACUUUCCUCAAGGACUGUUCGUCGAUACAUUAGGCACCGUCUACGUGGCAGAUUCUAGGAAUAAUCGAGUGGUGCGUUGGCCUAAAGGAGCACAACAGGGCUUUGUAAUUGUGGGUGGAAAUGGUCUAGGAGAAAGAGCAACACAAUUGAAUGCACCAUGGGGCCUGUCCUUUGAUCGGUAUGGCAGCCUCUAUGUCGUCGAUUCUUCCAAUAAUCGAGUUCAACGUUUUUCCCUCGAGUAA